GGUUACGUUGGAAAAGGAACAGGGCACAAAAUCGAGUCAGAGAAUCGUGACGAGUAGCCGCAUGUCCCAAGGGGGAGUGGUGGACGAUUGGUGGUUGGUUGUAUGUAUGCUUAUUUUCUUAUGUGUUGGUCACGUAAACAGGGAUCGGUGGUACGAACAAAGAAAGGCGGGGGUAUGAGGCGCCUGGGCCUCACCGAGAAGGCGAAAGUGUGCCGUGUAUAUAAGGCCUCGAACGAGCGACAAUCAGCAUCCAGUUCACUCCUGGACGUACCCGGAACAUCGCGAAAGCAAAAAAUGAGAAGCUUGCUCUACUUGGGGCUGGUGGCCCUUUUGGUCCAGGCGGCAUUCGCAGGCGAGGAGAGUAAGCCAGCCGAAGAGACGAAGGCUGAGGCUUCGAGCUCGACGAAGAAACAGGACAAGCGCGGAAUCCUGGGACUGGGUUACGGUUACGGUUACGACGUUGGUGGUUACGACAUAGGCAGUGGUUCCUCUCACGGGCCCCACUCGGGAGGUUACGACUUCGGUCACUACGACGGUGGUUACGGGGGUGGUUACGAUGGUGAGCAUCAUGUUAAAACCGUGACAGUUGUGAAGAACGUAGCUGUGCCAUAUCCGGUUGAAAAGCACGUACCAUAUCCGGUUGAGAAGCACGUACCGUAUCCAGUUAAGGUACCCGUACCACAGCCGUACCCGGUUGAGAAGCAUGUACCGUAUCCGGUUAAGGUCUACGUUAAAGUGCCUGUCCACGUGCCACAACCGUACCCCGUAGAGAAGAAGGUGCCGUACCCGGUUCAUGUACCAGUCGAUCGUCCUUACCCCGUCAAAGUCCUCGUACCCCAGCCGUACCCGGUUGAGAAACGCGUGCCCUAUCCAGUCAAGGUUCCCGUGCCACAACCUUACCCAGUUGAAAAACACGUUCCAUACCCAGUGAAAGUCCCAGUUCACGUACCCCAACCUUACCCAGUUGAGAAGCUCGUUCCCUACCCGGUCAAGGUUAACGUUGACAGACCAUACCCAGUCGCAGUACCGAAACCAUAUCCCAUCCACAUUGAAAAACCCGUUCCCUACCCCGUCGAUAGACCGGUUCCUUACCCCGUAAAAGUACCAGUCGACAGACCUUACCCCGUCCAUGUUGAGAAACACGUACCAGUUCCGGUAAAAGUACCAGUUCCACAACCCUAUCCAGUCGAAAAGCACAUCCCCUAUCCAGUCGAAAAGCCUGUGCCCUACCCCGUGAAAGUACCAGUCGACAGGCCCUACCCCGUUCACGUCGAGAAACACGUACCCGUACCAGUUGAAAAACCAGUACCAUACCCAGUCAAAGUGCCCGUCGCGGUUCCCGUCCAUUACGAUCAUCACCAACAUCAUGGUGGUUACGAACAGUACGGAGCCCCGUCCCACGGCUAUGAGAGCUACGAAAGCUCCGGAUACGAACACCAUCACUAAGGGAACGUGGAUCGUUGAUGUGCUCGGUUAAUAAACGCAUUUCUUGUCGGGAACACAAUAAACACGCUCAUCAGGCCACACGAUGACGACCAUUACGACGGAUCUCAUCAGACGCUACAACAUCUAUCAUCUGCCGAACAAGGGAGCACCGAGAGGAGAGUAACACAUACGAAACGCAAUAGCAACGGGUACAAACAAACAAACGAACCAACUAAAUUUCACGCGCAAUCACUUCAAUGACCUGCGAAUUAUUUUUUAUGUAUUUUUAUAGAUUUAUGUAUGUGUAUGUAUUUCAUAUCUUCGUUUAACUUAAUAAUUGUAUCGCUGUUAUCAUUUCGGUACGCGUUUACGACGGGAGAUUGUUCAUACUGUUGAGCCCUUCGUACGAGAGAUAGCAUUUUAUACUGAAGAAUAGAGCGAGGAUAUAGAAUCCGUUUCUAUUCCACGCUCGAUCAGCAUCCUCGUAAUUAUACGCUGAUAUAACACACGAAGGCUGCAACGUUUGUAACAUCUUAAAAUAACGCGUUUAUCUUCAAUUUGCCAAUCUCUCUUUCGAAUACGAAGUGGUGAUCGACUACUCCGCGCGUAUUAUUUUCUUUGUUAUUUUUCAUAUACGGCGCAUACAGUUAUAAACGGGGUCACUAAAAAUUGGCCUUUUCGCUCGACAAGCACAAAGCGCAACCAGCCAAGUCUGUCCCUCCGGACUCUCAGCUCGAAUGUUAAGAUAUUAUUAUUAUUUUUAUACGAGAACAUAGGUACGCAAUGGUAGACGCUCUUUCGUACCGUUAGCCGCAAAGAAAAUGUGUAUUUUUGUACGAUACAGCAACAAGAGAAAAAAAAUGUUUGAGACUAUUAA